AUGGCUGAAAUUUCACAAGUUCGACUAACAGCCAAGCUGGUUGUCCUUAGCUGCUGUCAUAGUGCAAGUGGUCAGAUUAGAGCCGAGGGGGUUGUUGGAAUCGCUCGAGCAUUUCUAGCAUCUGGUGCACGCGCCGUGCUGGCGGCGCUGUGGGCUGUAGAUGACAAAGCUACCAUGUGGUUUAUGAAUCGUUUUUACGAGCACCUUGUUCAUGGUGAAAGUGCCAGUGAAUCUCUUCAUCAGGCCAUGAAGUCGAUGAGAGAGACUCGCUUUUCUGACGUCAUGCAGUGGGCACCCUUUAUGCUGAUUGGAGAUAAUGUGACAUUCAAAGGUUUGUAUUUGAUAUCAUUUUUAGGUUUUUUAGUUAUCUUAGUCAAAAUUUGUGAAAUUGAUGUUCCUGACACUACGCAUCAUUUUGAAAAAUAUUAUUCAAGGAGUUAUACUGAGUUUUCUUAGUUUUUUGUUUAUUGUCUUUUCCAACCCUGUUCAUGGAAGGGAGGCAACUGGAGAGAAGGCCGAAUUUAAUUAUUUUCCGAUUUUUAUGAAAUAUUUCGUAAAGCAUGCUCGAAUCUCUAACUAACUAAAAUGAAAAGUUGGAAAACGAUAGUUGAGAUUCCAAAGAGCAUACCAAAACAAUUUAUUAACUAGUAAUAGUUGACACUACAGCUGCCCCCGCUCUGUACAUUGUCGGUCAAUAGUAUUCUUGCUCGUUGUGUAAGUCUUUGAAAUAUACCGAUGAAGAUUUUCACACAUAUUUCAUACAACAGGUGAGAUAAAUACAGGAACCCGGCAAGGUUCCAUGCACAGUCCCAGUUCGAUUUACACAGCUUUGAUCAAAACAUUCUCUGUUUCGGGAAAGUUUAUUCUAAACCAUAAGAAAAGAUUUAAUUAGAAGUUGAAUUUUUCGCUAUUUCUCUUUCACUUUUUACAUUCAGUUCAUUUUAUUUGCCGGAAAGUGAGCCUUAGAAAUCAAAAAGACGUUUGAUCAAUUCACGCUCGCGCAUUCUAGUCUUCUUUUAAACUUUAUAGCGGAAGGACAUCUGUGAGCAGGGAAUAAGUCAGCUCAGAAUUUGAUUGUAGGUGAAUUUCUGUAAUCUCCCAACGUUCUGCUAUAGUGAUAAGCUAGCCGUUGAUUCACUUGUCUUGCUUGUUUGGGGCUGAGUCUUAUUCCGGUCAAAGAUAGAGAAAGAGUGUCUGGUAAGGUUUCCAAUCAAAGAUUUGUGAACUCGUGCCUGGCAAACUCUCCAAGUGUUUAUAUAUACACAGUUAUACGAACCUUAUAACUUCAUCUGCGCUUAACGAGUGUCUUUUGGUCCAUAACUUUCAAAACAACUGCUCCACAGAAUGUCACUGAUAACACGUAACGCAAAAGAGUAUCGAAGUACGACUGCACAAUAGAUGUCACAAAAUCUACCUAAGCGGUCCUUUCGGGAUUUCCUGUCUUUACGUCAUCCUAACCAUUUCGUACUUGCGGGCGCAAACAAUAGAAACGUCAUCAUUACCUACCGAUUCCUGGCGGCCCCUGUUCAAGUAAAUCGAGAUUUUUUCUGGCGUACUGACUGUAUAUUUCAACUGUAAGUACUUUCGUUAAUACACGCGCGAGUUACUAGAGUGCCUCCUCGGGAUUUCGCCUUCUGGGCGAAAUCCCUGCGGGGGCAAUAAAUCAUAGAGAAGAGAAGUAAGUGUUAAACACACUUUUUCUUGAGGGUGUACCUGAUGAAAGAAAAAAUGUAGCCUGUACCAGGCCCCGCAACUGAGUCGCUCCGCACGCCUUUCACCGCUUCGUCCUUACUAUCUGAGAGCCUGAAACAGGCUAAAAAAAAACGCUGCUAGUAUUUUUAGUCUUAUAAAGAUUCAUCCUCAGGGAACCAAAGACAGCGCAGAGGGUAUACGUACUAAUUACCUGUGGGUGAGAGUUUGAAAGCAGACGGGAAGAUUCCCUGGGCACUUAAUCUAACCCAAGCAGCUGCAGGAGCAUUUGAUUUUGGAACUUUUAUUUUAUGCAGGUAUUUUUCUGGCAAAUGAGCUAAGGCCAACUCCCUUGUCGAUUUCGUGUGUUCUUAAAAGGAGGUUUUUUGUCAUCAAUCGCCUUGAUACUUGUUCCGCCGAGAAGUCGAAAGAUUUAAUAUGCCCCCAAGAAAGUAUUGAUUCGAUUGGGUUUUACAAUACGUUUUGCUUUAGUUCUCUUCGUGGUCGCGAUUUUGUACCAGAGGAGAUGGCUGAUAUUCUGAGCAAUCAUUACACAGGCUGCUUGGGCUGCUCGGGCGGCAAGGCAUAGCAUGGUUGGCUUGAUAUCAAUCUCCUGCUUCAAGCUAUAAUCUGAUCAGUAUACAAACAGCAAACGAAUCGAAGGAAUUUGAAAUAAAGUAAAAUAUUCUCACUGCAUACAUAAUUGUCCGUUGACGCCGGGAAUUAAGUAAGAAACUCUUUUAAAUUCCGUGGUGUUUGGCCUGCGCGCUCGUGGCAUGAUGCAUUGCGGCCCUUGGUUAGAAUUGCUUAGUUUUUUCCCGCCUCUUGACUAGUUCAACGGAGUUCAGUGGAAGUGACUUAGAAGUUUCGCCCUUCCCACCUCCCCUGGUGGCGGUUGACGUCGCUUACUCUCAUUAUUCGGCAUGCCUAUUGUCCUGGCAGUCGCUGUUGCCUUCCACAAUUUAGUUCUCCGUGUCGGAACAAUAGGUAUGCGGUGAAAAUAUUAUACGAAUCACAUUUAAGCUGAAAGUGAUACAAUACGACUUAACUGAAUUUUUAGCAUAUAAAUGAUUCCUCAAAAUGUAAAGGUUUUGUCAUUUGUUUGACUUUGAACAAAUCUGUGCCAGAUAUUUAGGUAAAACAUUUAGCGCAACGAGCAACAGAAGCAUGUUGAUCGAUGGCUAAAAUAAAUCGUGCACAGAAUACAUACAUAAGGGAACCGUCAUGAUUAGUUUUUUAUUUGUAUCGCAGGUGCAUUUGAUAAGAGCAGUUUGAAAGAUGGCGAAGGUGCAACGGAAACAAAGAACUUGUAAACUGAGAGGAA